UCCUGACUCUUGAGCUUUAUAGGAGGGGACAAAUCCUUCAAACCGAGCUGGUUUGGCUCUGUAACGUUUCACUACAUUCCCCGCUGGUUCAGAUGAGCGAACUCCCUAAGUCAGGCCGUACUUGGAAACCGUUCUUCCGUAUGCGCUAACACGAAGCGAAGGAGUUUUAUCUAUCUUUUUGUGGCACGUACAUCCCCGGUGCGGAGGGAACGUUGUGAGACACAUUGUCAGCAGCACGCAGCACAGGAAGAUGUUGCUGAAGGAGUACAGGAUAUGCAUGCCACUCACUGUGGAGGAGUACCGCAUUGGGCAGCUGUACAUGAUCAGCAAACACAGCCAUGAGCAGAGCGACCGAGGAGAAGGUGUGGAAGUCGUCCAGAACGAACCGUAUGAGGACCCCAUGCACGGGCAGGGACAGUUCACAGAAAAACGAGUCUACCUCAACAGUAAACUUCCCAGCUGGGCUCGAGCAGUGGUUCCUAAAAUCUUCUACGUGACAGAGAAGGCAUGGAACUAUUACCCUUACACCGUCACAGAAUAUACUUGCUCGUUCCUUCCCAAGUUCUCCAUUCACAUAGAGACAAAAUAUGAGGACAACAAAGGCAUCAACGAUAAUAUCUUUGACUCUGAGUUGAAGGACCAGGAGCGGGAGGUGUGUUUUGUCGACAUCGCUUACGACGACAUCCCUGACCGCUACUAUAAGGAGUCUGAGGACUUGCGAUACUUCAAGUCAGAGAAGACGUCCCGGGGCAUGCUUCAGGAGGGAUGGAGGGACACGCAGCAUCCCAUCAUGUGCUCGUACAAGCUGGUCACAGUCAAGUUUGAGGUGUGGGGUCUGCAGACGCGUGUGGAGCAGUUUGUGCAUAAGGUGAUUCGGGAUGUGUUGCUGCUUGGACACAGGCAAGCCUUUGCUUGGGUGGAUGAAUGGAUUGACAUGACAAUGGAUGAGGUGAGAGAAUUUGAGCGGACAAUCCAGGAGGCCACGAACGAGAAGAUUGGGAUGUUCCCCCCGUCGAUCUCCAUCAGUGAGACCCCACUGUCCUCCUGUUCCCUCACCGGCCCUGCCAGCGCACCCUCCACUCCCCUGUGCACCGAUGCCCCCGAUUCCCUCUCGGUCUCCAAGGACCGGCCCCGCAAAAAGUCCGCUCCAGAAACCCUGACCCUUCCUGUGCUGUCUCUGAGCGGUGUGCAGCAGGGAUCUUCUACCAACCCACUUUCUUCUUUGACUCACCUACAGUCUUCAACGUCGCCUUCCUCCAGUUCUGAUCCUGCUGCGAUGGAAGAGCAGUAGACGGACCUUUGAAUGUCUUCCCUACACUUUUGGUCUAUUGUAUUCCCAGAAUCGCAUGGAGUUUAGCCCAACCUCCAAAGAUCGGUGCCCAAAUAUUAAUGCUUUUUCGGCAUUCCCAUUGAGAAAUAGUCAGGUCCCGAGGGUAGAGAAACCCUUAAACCCUUGUGAUUUUAGGGUACGUUUUCGAAUGAUCUAUUAAAAAGGUCUUUUUGGGUGCAUUUUUCAAAGGUUUAGAAAACAAAACAAUCCCCAUUCAAACAGCGCUGUAAUUGGCACGUCAUGCCAGUACCAUGCACAGCUUGUCCUUCCGGUCUUAAAGCACAUCUCACACUUCAGUGGAGCAGUGUUAUCAAGCUCAUUAUCGUGAGCGACCGAUUAUUUUUUUAAGGUUAUAGUUGAAAACAGCCCCAUAUAAAGAACUCCCUCGUCUCAGAUCCUGAUUUGUUUGACCUUUACUUCCAUUUUAGACCAUUCAUCAUUAUUUUGUGGAGCGGACGUCCUAUGCAUUUGCUGCAUGUCCUUUGUUUUCCUGAGUUGGGAUUAUAACAUUUGUUGAACCAAUAAGAAAUAUAUGCCUUACACUAGCACCACAGAGCCAGUUGUUUCCUUUUGUAUUUAUUCACAACACAAAGUGCAGUACCACAGAACAUUCACAGGUUCGAGUUCACAUAAGAAAGGCUGCACAGUUAUGUUCUUCGGGGCCUACAGUACCAUCAUUCAUUUAACUGAAUACACCAAACAUUACAAAAUCAGUGUUCAUACCUCAGGUCUCCCCUCCUCUACUUACAGAUGUCACUGUAACCUUACUCUCCUUGCUUAUUGCCAAACAGCCAUGUUUUAUAUUACAACACAGCCUGUACCUUCUAAUACUGAACCCUCGGAAUGUUUACAAUCAUACAAUUUUUGCCUUUGCGUAGUAAAGCCAUUGAGUACACUGGCAAUCUUAGCAUGACACAAGCCAUACCCGAACUUGUGGUCAGUAUGUGUAUGUUCAGAUGGCCCACAUGGCAUACAGAUCAGAUCUGUACAAAACAAUCACUAGCAAUCCUAUAUUAACCAUAUAUAACUAGUGUGUCAAUCAAUAGACCUCCACGAUCACUGAAAUGUUAAACGUUGCAUGAAAAAUCAUGAACUGUCAUAUUUGUGUUUGUCCAUCUGUUACACAACAUGCUACUUCCUGGUUCAUAGAAGACUUCCAUUGAUGUCACAGGGGUGACAAUGCAUUGUUCCAACUUUCUUCAGAUUCUAACCAACAUUUAAUAGGUUCCUUGGCCCAUGAACCAGCCCAUCCAUACAAUCUUUUUGAAGUCGUUUCUGUAAUUUUAUUAAUUUGUUUCAUCAUUCUGCUAACUGGACCAACUUUGUUAAGUCAAGAUGACUGUUGUGAAAAAUUCAAUCAUUAAACAACUAAAGCUAGUAGCGGCUGUCUUGCAGUACUGUAAAUGUGUUUCGACUUAAUCAAAUCACUUUGUUGUAUUGUGGGGGGGGGGGCAUUUUGGAGGAACUUUUACUCACUGUAAUAUAUCCAAAGGCAGAGUGGAGGGGGCCUCAAAGCUCUUUCUAAAGAUGGGGGCAUUUUCAUCAAGCUGAUUUGAGGAUGUGCUAUCACAUCACUGCAUUGGUGUUGUGUGAUGAGUAAUUGGUCAGAGCAUCAUUAUUUAUUGCCAUGUAAUCCAAACUCUCUAUAUUUUCUCUACCUGAUGAAAACUAUGUAUUUAUACUCCCAAAAUCUUUUUUCCCCCCAUAAAAAAAAGGAAAUGGCUGCUUUUCAAUGGAUACAGACAAUAUGGAAAUCAGGCAGUAUUAUUUAAUUGGAAUUAUCCAGAUUUUCAGACCAAGUGCUUCCAUAUGCUGCAUGGAACGUUCCUAACUAAUGUACAUUACAGGCGGGAUGUUUGUAAAUGCAGUUAUUAGACUGAUUGCCUCACUGCAUUUGAUUAUGCAAUAGUAUGAAAAAGUUAAUGCCUCAAUGUGACAAUUUUAUAUCAAAGACAUUUUGAGUGAAAUGUGAGUCAGCAUGCAAGACAAUAUAGGCCUACAAACUACUUAAACUCAGUGCCUCUGCAUGCCACAAUUGCAUUGCCACCUAUUACAUGUAAUCCAACAUACAGUAUAUCAGCACUUAAAAUACACAUUUUCAUGGCCUUUAUCUGCCGGUUUUCUACUACAGUUUAAGAGAAUGGAGAUGUGAAUUUAGUAGGAAAUAAUACCAAAAAAAAAAAAAAAAAAAAUGUGAGCACAAUACUCAUAAACUGGACUAUUUGUGUGAAUGCAUCUGCCUCACUAAACACGAAGGACACGCCAGAACACACAAAAGUCUGUUUUGCUAUUGCUUUUGCUGUGUGCUAUUUUUAGUGUAAAAUCUUCACGAUUCCUGUGAUGUCAUAUACACAGGCUAAAGCAUCACAUGUUGUUGUUGCUGACCUAGGCAUAAUCAGACAUGCAGUUAUGUCCCAGAUUUUCUUACCCUGAGAACAUUUGAAGUGAAUUUGCAUGUGAUGAAAAUCAUCUGGCUGGAAAUGACAGAGAAAGAAAGUAGCAAAAGAGUGACCACGUCUCCUUGAUGUAUUUCUUUUUUAAUAUAAUUCACAAGACUUUUUUUUUUUUUUUUUUUUUUUUGGCAAUGUUUUACAACAUUCUAAAGGAUCCAGGUACCUUUCAGCAUAAUACAGAGCAUUCUAAUCAACUAUAGCCUACAUUUAGAACAUUUCAUAUGCCUGUACUUAAUGAUGUCAAUAGUUUUUUUUUGAUGCAAUGUCUUCGUCUUUUUCCACUUUCUUGUCAGCUAAACGAUCAUCACAUGAGAAAAUCAAUUUUAACUCAUAGUUUGUCAAGGGUAUAAAUCAUUUCGGGUUUAACUGCAAGUGUCGGGGCUAACGUUCAAUUUCUAGAAAUUAAUCUGUUUUUAUUCCCCUGUACAUAUAACUAUUGCUUUGAAAUCGACAUCCCGUGUGUGUUUUGCAAACUCCUGUUUUGUUCUACUGCAGUCUUGCUAAUGACAAUGUGGGAGCCUUCUUACUUGCCAUAAAACCGGUUUAAUAUUCUGUAGUUUCUGACUUGCUUUUGUUAAAAAAAACUUUACAAAAUUUGCAUUUGUUAAUCAUUAAUCCUAGCUUUUGUCUUACAAUCAUGUUAUAUACCUUUCUAUAGAGUAUACAGACAACUUUGGUAUUGACCAUCUCUCUUGUCAGGGAUACAUUUGAUCUAUCAUGGGCCGUUACACUUUACAAACUAAAGACAAAAAAAAUAAAAAAUUCCAGCAAUUUAAAAUGGUCUGCUCUGUUUAAAAGAGUAAUAUACAGUACAUGCUGUUAUUGAUUUAAUAUAGGUUUCUUGCAUUUAAUCUGUUCAGAGAUGCAUCGCUGUUGUAACAAAGUCUGAAGUCUUUAAAGAGACAGAAGGGUUUUCUUCUGUCUUAUGGAUGGCAGCUUAAUGGACGUGUCUGUAUCUAAGAAGGAAUACUUGUUUUAAGCUUAACACAUUCUAUUAUGUUUCAAUGGAGUAAUGCGCCUAAUGGUAGUGGUGCACUUAUGACACUUGUAGCUGCUUUUCGUUUUCCCUGCAGGAGAAUUUUGUUUUAUAGUUAGUAUAAGGGUUUCUUUUUGUGAAAUGAUUGGCUUUUCUGUUGUGUUCUAAAGUGAACCUGCUUUGUUUUUUGUGGUUGCACUUGAAGGAUAAAGUCAUUUGAAGGACCAAGCUUUUUUUCUGAUGCACCUUUCAUUCGUGGUUACCUUGACAAUUGGGCCCUGUUCCACAAACUAGAAGCUGUAAAUAAAUGAACUACUUUGUGUAGUCUUGUCUGCUUCUGUUUUGUGAAGUAUGCCCCCAAAAGUGUUCAUUUGAUUGUUGCUAAGUUCUUCCACUUUGAAAAUUGUGUCUCUUAUUUCACUGGGUUCUUUAUUGUAAUUAUUGUUUACUAUUCAGAGCAAGACAAAAUAAAAACA